AUGGAGACUCCUUUAUUUUUGCGCAAGAAAAAGCUGUUCUUUGUCUUCACAAGUGCUGCAAAGCCUGUAUGGACUCGAUAUGGCUCAGAAACUGAUUUAUCCACAUUUAUAGGCUCGCUAGCAGCAAUUUUAUAUAAGUUUCAAAAUUAUUACACAGGAAUUCAAGACUCGCUGCGAUAUCUUCGCACGGCUGAUAUGUAUGUUGUAUUUUUAUGCACCGAGGCUUUAUUUUAUGUUUGCAUAUCUAAAGGCAAAGACUCCCUUGAAUCUUUGUAUAAUCAGUUAAGAAUGCUCCACACAAAAGUUAUAUACUGUUUUACUCUGAGCUUUACUUAAUUUCUAAAUCUCUCUCUCUGAGUGAGAAAAAAAUGAAAAAUUACUCUUUUUUUGAAAAGGCCCCAUGUGAGCUAAAUUUUUUUAAAAAUAUUUUGCCCUCAAUAUUUCUAUUUGAUAUAACUAAUAAUAUUAUAAGCCAAGGGUGAUCUUCUAGAUUUUAGAGACUUUACAUUUUAAACAUAAAUUAAUAAGAUUUACUUUCAAAAUUUGCAAAUUAGAGUUUAUGAGGUCUGGAAAUUUAUUUUAAUAUAUAAUUUAAAAACUAAAGAAGGAGAGGGAGUAAGAAAAGUACUCUAUUUUUUAUAAUCAGAAUGAUUACUUAUAAAUAUCCAAAUAUUUUAGAAAUUCGAUAAAGAAUAUCAACAUUAACAGACAACAUAACAACAAUGCUAAUAUCAAGACCAAGCUACGAUGCUAGAAACCUAAUGGGUGGCACUCACUCUGCAUUAGACUACUUAAUAAGAACAACUGCGGUAAGUCCCAGUAUGCUUGAUGCUUUCAUGCCAGUUCCAAUGCUAGCUCAGCAUCGUUCUCAAAUCCAGCUUUCUUUUAAGAGCCACCUAGAUGACGAUCUUUUAUACGGUUUCAUUAUGACCUCGACUUCAAUCAUUUACCGCUACUGCCGAAAAGGGGAAAAUAUUCACCAUAUCGACACCUCUCUACUCUUCAACAUGCUGGCUUCCCAUAGUUCAUUAAGAUCUACCAUGUCAUGAACCCCAAUUUGCUUGCCAAAUUUCUCCGAUAAAGGCUUUGUGUACGCUUAUAUAACGUUUUUGCAAGACUCACAAGUCGGCUUAGCAUUGCUUUCUGAUAACUCAGCAGCGUUCAAAAACUUAAAAGCAUGUGGAGAUGCUAUAGAAACAGAGAUUAGAGGACUAUUGCCUAUUAUAGAAGAAUCAGUUAAAUCUAUUCCUUAUUCUGUAAGUAUCUGUGGGAUCAAAGAAUUCAAGCAUUUUAUAUACAUGACAAAGGCUGUUGACCAAUACACCAUGUCAGGAUUUACCCCAUCUACAAGAGAUUUUUUACCAGAAAUGCCAAUUGAUAUUUAUAAAAGAACGCUCAGACGAUAUUUUGCCGCUUAUAAAUUGUCAAAUAUUCCUGAGUUUUUUAAAGGUAAUUAUACAAAAAUCGACACAUAUAAAAAUGAGCAAAUUGUAGCGCUCAGGACAAAUGAAUAUGUAUUAUUUGCGUCAUUGUCUUCAAUGCUCCCUGCAGCAGCUGUAGUACAGUUAACGACACAGCUUUUGAGAUGGCUGAAAUCUCAAGAGCAAGAUUUUUUCAUCAUGAGAUAA